AUAAGAUUUGGGGAGUUAAGGAGUAAAGGAAACUUUUAAACGCUCUUAUUAGGAAUUACUUUUAUUUAUUGUGAUUAUCAGCAUUGGUACUUAUUAGUUUGCACUGGAUUUUUAGUAAACUACACCUUCCUGUGGAAUCAAGCUGGACUCUAUUUUAUUCACAGAAACAUAUUUUCCAAAAGGAAUUAAAAUGCUUUUCGUGCGACUUGCGUUAACCUCGUUUGCAGCCCUGUGCGUAAACGCGGGGCAGAGCGCAUGGGAAUCGACAACUGCCAUCCCGCGGAAAAUCAACCCAGAGUCGGAAAGAGUGCUCCACUUCGAGCUGGAGAUCUUCGGGGAAAGGAUCCUGCUGGAGUUAGAGUCGGAUCAGACCUUCCUGGCGCCGGGCUUCGUGCUGCAUGUGGUGGGGAAGCCGGAGAACCAGCGGGAGAACCAGCGGGAGAACCACCAGCACCAGCGGGAGCUUGACAGCUCGGCCGAGGCGCGCUGCUUCUACUCGGGUACCGUCAACGGAGAGAAGAACUCGGCGGCCGCCUUGAACGUGUGCCGCGGACUCCGGGGCGCGUUUUAUUUGGGUGGGGAAGAGUAUUUCAUCCAGCCCGCCAACACCACCGCUUCCAGCGGGGACGUCCACGUCGUUAGGCGGAGAAGCCGGCGGCUCGUCGAGGAGGACGCCGGAUCCAAGUGUGGCGUCAACGAGGAUGAGGAGAAAGUGCCAAAGCACCAGACGCACGACCAGUUCUCAACGCCGCCAGAAGCACAAGGUCAUCACCGGUCCCGGCGUUUCGUGUCCACCCCUCGAUACAUGGAGAUCAUGAUCGUGGCGGAUCGCUCCAUGGUGGACUUCCACGGCGACGGGUUGAAGCCUUACCUGCUGACCAUAAUGGCGGUGGCGUCCCGCCUGUAUCGCGACCCGACCAUACACAAUUCCAUCACGCUGGCCGUCGUGAAGCUCAUGGUGAUACACGACGAGGACCACGGACCCUCCGUCUCCGACAACGCCGCGCUCACCCUGAGGAACUUCUGCCAGUGGCAGAGGCAGCACAAUCCCUCCAGCGACCGGCAUCCGGAGCAUUACGACACCGCCGUGCUGUUCACCAGGAAGGAUCUGUGUGGCGCCCACUCCUGCGACACGCUGGGCAUGGCUGACGUCGGGACUCUGUGCGACCCUGAACGGAGCUGCUCCAUCGUCGAGGACGACGGCCUGCAGUCGGCGUUCACCGUAGCGCACGAGCUAGGUCACGUGUUCAACAUGCCGCACGACGACGCCAAGCAGUGCGCCGGCGUCAACCGAGACACCUGGAACGCCCACAUGAUGGCGUCGACCCUGUCCAACCUGAACCAGCUGCAGCCCUGGUCUCCGUGCAGCGCCCUGAUGGUCACGUCCUUCCUGGACAACGGGCACGGUCACUGCCUGCUCGACAGGCCGGAGACGCCCGAGCGCUUGCCCCAGGCCCUGCCCGGUUCGGUGUACGACGCCGACCGUCAGUGCCGGCUCACGUUCGGAGACGAGUCGCAGCACUGCCCCGACCUGAGCACCACCUGCGCCGCCCUGUGGUGCACCGUCACCACGAAGAACGGUCUACUGGUGUGCCAGACCAAGAACUUCCCGUGGGCCGACGGGACGCCGUGUGGGCACGACAGCUACUGUAUGGCAGGCCGGUGUUUGAGCUCUAGCGAAGCGGACCUGUAUCAGAUUCCCGUCAACGGAGGCUGGGGAACCUGGGGAUCUUGGGGUGACUGCUCGCGGACCUGCGGCGGAGGCGUGCAGUACUCCUUCCGGGACUGUAACAACCCCCUGCCUAAGAACGGAGGCAAAUAUUGCGAGGGUAAACGGAUUCAAUACCGGUCCUGCAGCACCGAGGCUUGUCCGGACACCAACGGAUUAACCUUCCGGGAAGAGCAGUGUCUGGCCCAUAACGACAUCUCCUCCCAGGUGUCCUUCGGCUCAGGUGAAGGUGUCGAGUGGGUACCUAAAUAUGCCGGGGUAUCCCCCAAGGAUCGAUGCAAACUGGUAUGCCGGGCAAAGGGAACCGGAUACUUCUUCGUCCUCAAGCCGAAGGUGGCCGACGGGACGCUCUGCACCCCCGACUCGACCUCCGUCUGCGUGCAGGGCCAGUGCGUCAAGGCCGGAUGCGACCGCGUGAUCGGUUCCAACAAACAGUUCGACAAGUGUGGCGUCUGCGCCGGGGACGGAUCCACUUGCAAGAAAGUCUCCGGAUCUCUGGAGUACGCGAGACCUGGCUAUCAGGACGUAGUGACGAUCCCCGCGGGCGCCACUCACAUCGACGUCAAGCAGCGUUCCCCCGGGAGUCGCCGUCUAGACAACAGCUACUUGGCGGUCCGCAGAACAGACGGCGCCUACCUCCUGAACGGCGACUACAGGCUCUCCACUCUGGAGACCGACGUCUCCGUGAGGGGGGCGCACCUGCACUACAGCGGUUCCUCGGCCUCCCUGGAGCGCCUGCGCAGCUUCGCCCCUCUCCCGGAACCGCUCACCGUGCAGGUCCUGUCCGUCGGGGAGUCGCCCCGACCACGCAUCAAGUACAGCUACUUCGCCCCUCGCGUCGCGUCCGACCCGUCCGGCGCCAACCGGCGUUCCGUCAACGCCAUCGGAGAGGCGGGCGGCGCCGAGUGGACCUUCGACGAGUGGGGGCCGUGCUCGCAGACCUGCGGGGAAGGGGCGCAGGGCAGGGAGGUCCUGUGUCUGGACGGACACGGCAGACCCUCGCAGGACUGUCCCGGAGAGCUGCGCCCGGCUUCCGCUCGGUCGUGUUUCGUACACGCCUGCCCGGCGUGGGUGGUCGGAGAGUGGUCGCCCUGCUCCAAGUCCUGCGGGAAAGGCUUCCGGAAACGUCCGCUGCGCUGCGUCGGGCACGACGGGCGCGUCCUGCCGGGCGACAGCUGUAAGUCUAAGGACCGACCACGACCCCUUUUAGACUUGUGCAUCCAGAGCGCCUGUUAAGACUCCGAUGACUGCAAUCGGCCUGGAAUUAGUGCUACCCCUCCGACACUGGGUACAGGACACAAGGGCACAAUGUGUACCUGUCGAAAAAAGCUGAAAUGGGUAUAAAAUAUAAGGACGCCUCUGCUGCUUUCGGUGCUGUCGAUAUUUAUGGACGGUUUUAUUACACGAUAUGUAUGUGUACUGUCUAUCUGAGCUGGACUGGAUAGAUUUUAUAGGUUUUACUUAAUAUAGGAAACGUACCCUAUAUGGACAAAAGUAUUGGGACACAAAAAAUAUUUAUUUUUUUAUAUAUAUUUUGUUUAUGCCUUCUCUCCCCUUUUUCUCCACCGAUGCCGAUUCCCGCUCCGAUCGAGGAGAACGAAUACGUCGGCAGCAGCCGUAUGCGUCUCAUCACCCGCACUUUGACGAGUGCAGUGCAGUGCAGCUCAGCGUUGUGUACGGAGAGACACACCCUGAUCAGCGCGCUCUCUUCUCAUCUCUGUGCAGGCGCCAUCAAUCAGCACCAGUCAUGAGAGAGAGAGAGAGACCCCAUCCGGUUCAGUCCCGCCCGUAUCUGAACGACAGGCCGACCGUCGUUCGUGUGGCCGCUCUGCCGUAGCCGGCGGGCAGAUCCGAGAUUCGAUACGAUGUAUCCGAGAUCCCAGCUCUGAUUCCGGCGUGUGUUUUUUACCACUGCGCCGCCCCUUCAAUUUUUGAAUUCUUUCCUCGUGCUCAGGUGUCCAAAUUCGAAUACUUUUGACCAUAUAGUGCACGUUACGAGUAAGAAUGUAUAGAAAUAUAUAAGCGUCUGGCUGAUGAGUGGGUCCCAACCCUCAGCUGCUAUAACCCACGACGACAGUUGUUACUUAACGCCGUACACCGCCGGCGUACAGGUUACAGGUCGCUACCACUUGGUGGACGGGGAGGGGGGGGGGGGGUCGAAGAACACGGUUUGUGUAUCUGUGUGUGUGUGUGUGUGUGUGUUAGAAGGCGUACUCCGAGAUGCUACUACUUCAUAAGUAAGUCUCUCGUGCCUUCUGAGAAGGUCGUUAUUGUACAGAAUAUCAGACGUUAUUUAUUUUUGUACAGCAUUUAAAAUGUAAUCUUUGCCUUUUUUUUUUUUUAUUGUUAUUGUUAUUGAAUUAACAGAAGGAUGUAGAUUAUAUCGGAGUAUUUAUACAGUAUUAUAUGGUCGUAGGUUUUCCAAUAAAGUAUCACAAUGA